AUGCAUUUCCUUUCCGCAGCGUUGAUUCUGGCCAUAUUCCUACCGUUCUUCUCCUUCUCCCUCCCUCCCUCCCAGUAUAACACUUUUUCCCAGCCACCAAGCUACGCCGGCCCUCUUACCAUCGACACCUUCUCCAACAACGAAACAAACGCCCUGGGACACUGGCACGGCGCUCUCGAAGACCUCCCUCUCACUAUCGCCCCAGGAUCAAUCACUCUGUACCCCAGUGAUCCCGACCAAGCCUACCACACGCAGCUCAGCCACGCGCAAUGCUUCAACCUCACCCCCUACCAAGACCGCUACCUCCACGUCGUCUUUUCCGGGCCCGCGACCUUCGGCAUCUCCCUCACCCAGCAUAACUACGCCUGCGAUCCCUCUGUCCACCCAUACCCAGAGACAUGGGAUACUGUUGAAGCCGCCCGCUACGAAGCUUUCACCACCACCGCGCAGAGCACCAAGGAAGUCUACAUCCCCCUCAGCCACUUCAACAUCGACCACCACCGAGUCGUCUCCAUCGGGUUCAGCGGCUUCUACACCUCCGACCCGAUCACCUUCUACCUCGUGGACCUCGUCUCCGAGACCAAUCUUCCUCCUUCCUUCCGCGUCCCGACGAAACUGCCCAGCGGGACGCUGAGUCUGCGAUGCACCGUACCGAACUCGUUUGCGUUUGGCAUCGACGAUGGAAAACCGGGUCUUGCGCGGAGGGUGAUGCAGAUACUGGAGGACGAGGGCAUCCUGGUGACGUUUUUUGUGGUGGGGAUGGGGAUAAAGGAUCCGGAGACGAAUUUCUCGGCUGUGUAUCAAGAGAUGAAAGCGAGGGGACAUCAGAUCGCUUUGCAUUCGGAGACCCAUCGGAAACUCGAAUCCCUCUCAUCGACCGAUGAGAUCGAUGCCGAAAUCACGCGGAAUAUCCAGGCUUUGAAGGACCAUAUAGGCAUCGAAUCACGCUACUUCCGUCCUCCCUACGGCACCAUCGGCGCGCGCACCCGCCAGCGCCUCGCGACUCAUCUCACCAACCCACAAGUCAUCAAUUGGAGCGUCGACAUCGAGGACUGGCUGUGGGCGAAUACGAGCACCCCGGAACGUCAGCUUGAGGCCUUCUACCGGGACGUGCGCAGGGGAGGGAAUUUGGCUGUCGUGCACUUUGUAAGUGAGAGUACGGUGAGGUAUUUGGUGGAUGUCAUCAGGGGGGUCAAGCGGAUGGGGUUUAGGAUUAUGAGGGUUGAUCAGUGUUUGGGGGAUCCUGGGAGUCCGAGCCUUGUCUGA